AUGUCCAACGCCUUGACAACUUCCCCAAAGUCGGUGUCGGGUGCCUCGUCCCCGGGGCCAAGGGUCCGUGGGGCGAGUGGAGGGGAUCGGGAUGGCCUACUACAUCCGCGCCAGCCCAAUGGCAAUCGUGCAGGCUCAAGUUUGGGCACUACCAUAGGGAAUCCUACCCCGAAUGGCCCCGGGAGCUUUAGCACAAGCUUGCGAAGUACGAAUACCAUUGUGGCCAUGACACCGAACGCUUUUGUCGAGGAAUCCUCGGACCCUCCAAGCCCAAUGUCUUCUGAGAGAUUAGUAGAAGAGCUCACCGAUCAACUUAACAAAGCGAUCAAAUAUAAGGAAGGAGCCGAGAAUCUUUUACAAGUGUUGGAUACGAAGAAACCCAAGGAAGCGAAGCAAGCGAGAAAUCAGGUCGAGAAGGAGUACAAUGCAAGGAACCAAGAGAUAUCACAGCUCAUGAGCCGUAUCGAAGCCAUCACAAAGCCCAGAGAAAUCCCGGGAGUGACAAGAGCUGCAAACAAGUUCAAAGGAGAGCCGAUAAGACCGGCAUCUGCCAAUAAUGGACUUGCUAUCUCUGGUGCCCCAGAAUGGGAGGAUCCUGGAAGCGAAUCACCAACACUAUCGCUUACUGAGUUAUUGAGAGAUUUGGAGGAGGCGGGCAGGAGACCAGAGUACUACGUUGAGAAGGCCAAUAGCUUGGUGGCAUUGUUUAAACGGCACCCCAACCUGAAGUAUGAAUUGGCUUGGAAUACUUUUGGGAACCGGAUACAGAGCAUGCUUCUCAAUGAAAACAAGGAGGUUGUGGCGGCUGGAUAUCGCAUUGCAAGAUAUGCAAUAACAGACCUGCAGUCUCUGAAGGCCAUCAGAGCCCUAUACACUGACGAGAUUACCAUAAUGUAAGAUCGACUUGCGGUCCAUCUUUAUGGUUUGUGUCCCAAACUGAUUGAAGUAGCUCCUUGGUUAAGGAGUCUAGGGCCAACGUCGAGCGUGAACAGGCGUUAAAGUUUGUACGUGCCUUUAUUGAGGUUCCCGGUGGUGUACAAGAGAUAUCACGGGGGGUCGUUAGAGCGAUUGUUGCGUGCGCGGAACAGGUUGACGACAGGCUACGAGGCGUCUCUAUGGAAACAUUAGCAGAGAUUUGUCAGUAAAGCCUCCGUCUGCUCCACUUUACCCCCCUUUUUUUUUUCGUGCUGACAAUUUAGUGAUUCUCAAUCCAUCACUCGUUGUAUCGGCUGGAGGGGUCAGAGUUCUGACCCAGGUCCUGUCUGAAGGGCCUUAUGAAUUAUCUGAUACCAUUUCUUUGGCGUUCUUAUACUUGUUAGAUUUACCAGCGACCAGAAAAUAUAUCCGGCCUGGCAACGACCUGGAGGUAAGGUUUUUCUUACCUCGAUUGGGCUGCUGGUUUUACUGACUGGUUGUGGCUAGAUCGUGUUCUCUGUUUUUACCGACUCAUACUCGGAAAAAUCUCCUGCACCAGAGGAGAGACUGAGAUCUAGUGCGAAAGUAAUUAGUUGCAUGCUGAAAUCGUGGCCAGGUAACAACCUCUUGGGAGCCAUAGGUGUGCACGAUUUUUGUUUCUAACCGCCCGGACAGGCCUUUUGGUAUUGUCCAUGUAUGAUCUUCGAGCCCCAAAAUCUUUAGUCGCGGCCUUAUCUAUACCAUCUUCAAGCGUUCGGGUGAGCAAGACACAAUUCCAUUGGGUAUUUCUCCGUUAGCUCAAUAGCGAGAUUUAGGAUAUUAUCUUGGAAUUAUUCUUCGAUAUAUUUCGGAUAAAGCCCCCUUCUUGGUCAUCUACCUUUAUUGCUGGGCGUAGACUUACUAGUAUGUGCAUUUCGUGUUUAUCAGACUGUCACUUCUUGCGCGCUUGCUGAUAAAUUUUUUUUUUUUUAAAAAAAAAAGCUUAUGGGAGAGUAACAAACCUCAAGUCUGAAUCUGAUGCUCCUAAGCCUCCGAGAGUGGAUGAUGCAUACCAAGGAAAUCUGGUGGAGCAUUUCACGGCUUUACUUCUGGCUGUAUUCUUUGAGGCUGACCUAUUGAGGGUAUACUAAGAACUCUCCGUCGUGGCAAUAUUUUCUAACUGUUCACAUAGUCUUUGAUGGCGCUGGUAGAAGAUAACAGUGAUCCAGCCAUUGUACGAAAAACAACGCUUUUGCUCGGAGAGAUUCUCAAGCUCGCAAGUCGUCUGCUGCCGAGCACCUACAGCGCCCGUUUACAGCUCCUCCCGGAUCUCUUCACAUCAGCAUCAAACUUCCGUGUCCCAACGAGGUUUGCUGCGUCAGCUGCAGUAUACCAGAUAGAUAGCCUCAACCGGACAUUACACCGAUCUCUAGCCACCGCACAAGUACCACAACGGGUGUCUGUUGAUGAUGGAAAAAGAGGGCAAGGACAGGUUGAACAAGCAAAGUUGAAGAUAUAUAUGGCGAUCGAUGAUCGCCAUUUUUCUGGUCUGAUAGUGGAUAGUGGGGUUUUGAACGCAAAAAGCCAUACAAAGUGGAAUUGGGAUGCCCUCAAUGAGAUGAUUCAAGGCCCAUUACUUAAUCCCAAAAGACUUGAUGAAGCGAUAAAAGGGACGAAAUUUAUGAAGAGGUUGAUGUCCUUCUAUCGGCCCUUUAAGUACAAAUUCUCGGACGUUAAGAACACCAAGCCCAACCAAAGAUAUGUCAGGACGGGAUGUGCUUUGUUCCAUACUCUCCUCCAAACUCCCGAGGGUGUUCGAUAUCUGAGUGAGAAUAAAAUACUUCGGCAAAUUGCUGAAUGCCUGGCUCAACUGGAUAGAGUGGGUUUUCGUCUGCUAGAAGGGAUCUUGGACGUAGGUUGACGUUUUUGAUAGAUGAGCGGAAUAACCUCGCCCGAGCCUCUAUUUUCUACCUCCAGAUUGAUCGGUACCCUCAGUUGUGGAUACUUUGCCAUGUUGGGGGUGCUAAGUAGUGAUCCGAAAGGCCUUGCGUACGUAUUGAGCGUUGGGCUUCUCGGAGUUCAAAUUUCUGACUUGUGUACAGAAUGAUGGAGCGUUGGCGCAUGUUCAACAUGUUUUAUCACAUUAGCGAUUCCCUCGAUAGGCCAGACCUUCUGGAGCUAUUCGUGUCCAACAUGGACUUUACCCUGUAAGUCUACUCAAGGUCCAGAUCUAAGCGGUGAUUCACUUGUGGAUUGCGAUCUCAUGAACACGAUAGGGAGGGGCACCCCCGCAUCAUUUUGUCCAAAGCAUUGACAAUGGGCCUUAAGGUGGGUUCUACCCGACCGGUGCUUUUCGGCGAGAUCUUGCUAAAAGGUCAUAGAGCGUCCGAUUGUUUGCUACCAGCCACCUCCGCAGCCUUAUCUCAACCGCACAGUCGUCACAGACCCCUACAGACUCCAAGACAAACGAGACCGCGGAAUGGGCUAUACGGCUCCUCAUUACCCAACUCUAUGAUCCCGACGUCGAGGUUUGUGAAACAGCGGUGAAAAUCCUCGAGGAAGCAUGCAAUAUCACACAUAGUCUAGAGUAUGUGGUGAAGUGUCGACCUGCACUGGACCAUCUUGGCGAAAUUGGCGCCCCGCUGCUGUUACGAUUCCUGUCAACGUCUGUUGGGUACCACUACCUCAAUGAGCUUGAUUAUAUUAAUCGGGAAAUGGACGAUUGGUUUCACGUGAGAUAUGCUGAAAACCACACUUUAGUCUAUGCAAGUGCUGACACUUCGACAGGGCAGGAAUGAUUCAUAUGUUCUGACGGUCGAGGCAUCCCUGGCCCGGGCGUUUGCUGAUGAAGAACCGCUGAAGAAGCGGUCAGGCGACAUUAAUACGAUUGACCGAGACAUGAUGGGGAUAGUGCCACCACAUUUCUAUCGAGAGUUGGCAAGGACAAGCGAAGGAUGCAUUUUGUUAAGAGAAAAGGGCCACUUUAACGACUUUGCAUUGUAUAUCCGGGAGCAUGGCCGGGAGGAGGAAGAGGCAGAGGUCGUCACCAAAGUCAAGGGGUGCCUCUGGGCGGUUGGAAAUAUUGGCUCAAUGCCUUUCGGCGCACCGUUCCUGGAAGAAGCCGACAUAGUGGAGUCUAUUGUCAAGAUCGCGGAGGAAUCCCAAGUAUUAACGCUCAAGGGUACAGCGUUUUUCGUUCUCGGCUUGAUAUCCAGGACUAUGCAGGGUCUGGAGAUCCUUCUUGAGUACGGAUGGGAUGGCACAACGUCCACCAUGGGAGAAUCGCUAGGGUUCUGUAUCCCUUUGAAGCUCGGACGUCUUCUUUCCGUAAGUUCCGUAUUCGCAGAACCAAAAGCCUUGGCGAACUACUACCAUAGUAUCGCCACACGCACACUGGAGUGAGUGAGUAGCGAUAUAAGAUAACUGACUUGAUUUAUUUUAUUUUAUUUUACCCACAGGUAGCACCCUGGCACCAUACAGGGGACGAAACGAACCAGAUAAAUAGACCCUCACCACUUUCCUCGGUGAUCGGCGAUGACCCGGUGGAUGCAAAGAUACUGACGGCAAUCGCGAACCUAAAUAACCAUAUCCUCGAGAGCGGUUCCACCAAGGAAUUGAAUCGGUAGGGAUCCGGAUAGUCUUUUUUUUUCCCUUUUUUUUUUGUGACUAGUGAUACAUACAAAGGGAAAGGAGAGGGUAACUAAUGCGGGUAAUAAUAGGCUUAAAGCUAGUCACGUGACGCAAUUCCAAUCCCCAGAUCUCUUCCGGCGAGUGAUGACGCUUAUUGAAUCUUUCCGAUAUCGGCAGCACGUUCGGCGGUUUAUACUUGACCUCUUUGAGAAGUCAGUGGUGGAGAGGGUUUUUGCGGAGGACCGGGCUGACUCGGGGGUUGAAUCCCCCGACACCGGUACUCUGUAGGGACUUUGACAAGGAGGUUAUCAGUGGCCGGAAGAGGGAAAGAAAGUCGGGUUCGGGUUCGGGAGGUACCAUAUAGGGCAAUGGGAUGGAAGAGAAAUUUCUAUACAUGUCAUUUCUUUUUAUCUCUUUUUUAUCUUUUUUUUUUCCUUUCUUCUCUGUGAUGAUUUGCAUUGUCUGGCUUUUUCGUCGACCUCCCUCUCCCUCUCUUUUCUGUCCAAUUGGGUGCAUUCCAUUCCCUUCCCAAUUCCAUCUUGUUUCUCCUCUUCUGAAUUGUCACUUUUUUUCUUCCCCUUCCUUGCUUUUUCCCUUACAUCAUUUUCUUCAUUUCCUCUCGACGGCAUCUGGGCUAUCCAUCUGUGUACAUUAAAUUACGGGCCCGUUCAUUCCUCGUGUAUUUUUAUUAUAUAUAUAAGGAAAAGGCCACACUGGUACCGUAGGUUACAUUGUAGCGGCCGGGCCAAGUCCCCGGAGUAUGGGAUGAUGAAGGGGACACUGGACCGGGUUGGGGAUUGUGGACAUGCUCUCGUUCUCUACCCUCCUGACCUGACUUGUCCUGCUCCGUUUCGUUCUUUGCUCCCUUUUUCAUCUAUCUUAUCCCCAAGUUUAUACGGGCACAAAAGUACACCACCACCACAUCACAUUGCAUCACAUCAUAUCAUAUCAUAUCAUAUCAUCUCGCAGCGCACCCUACCGUUCAUAUAUUUCUUUCUUUCUUUCUUUCAACAUAGUUGCGUGGGGGUAGGUGGUGGGCGUUCCGCACGAGCUACCAUACCCUACCAGUAAACGGUACUGUACUGUACUGUACACGCAUGUAUGUAUGUAUGCAGGCAGGCAGGCAGGCAGGCAAGGGAAACGCACGAGUCCAAGUACCGUAGGAGUAGAAGAAAAGAGUGUGCGCCUCGAUAGCGGUACGUUAUCAUAUCAUCCGGUGGGGUUUUUUUUAUCGUACCGUAGCUGUUAGUCUCCGAUGGAUGCAUGUAUGCAUCCACGCGUGCGUCCAUGCGUUCGUGCAUGCGUGUGUUGCAUGUGGAUGGAGGGGCGAAGAUAAAGGAGCGUGAGGGAUGAUGAUGAUGAUAUGAUAUGAUGCUGUAGAUGGAACCGGGGAAGGGAAAUGGGGGAGACGGUAACUAUGGUGGAAUACUGUACGGUAACGGUGGUAAGUUAUAUAGUAAGUGUGACAUUGAGGUAUAACAUCAUAACUGUAGCGUGUCCGAUUUGUAUCAUAGGUUUUUUUGGAGGAGUUUUAGCCCUACGGUAAACGUUCUAUCAUAGUUUGCUUUCCGCAAACUUUUUAAGUUAUAUUUUUUUUGUCUCCAUCAUACUGUGCUGUACUCGAGUAUGAUACUGCACAUAUAAUACCGUAACUUAAAAAAAAAAACAGAUGGAAAGGAAUGCAUGGGCAUUUAUCAUUCAUCGCUCGAGUAUUCCCAUCCGCGAGUAAAAGAAGUAGAAAAAGAAAAGAAAAAGAAACGCGAAAGAAGUAAUGUUUGCUCACGGCGGGGGGGGGAGGAAAGAA